GACGAAACCAUCUUGGCGCUCACGACCCAAAACACCUGCUAUGUGACCCAUGACCAGGGAUACUCGUGGGAAAUCGUGGCACCUGGCGAGGAGAUUCUUUCCAUCCACGUGAACCCUUAUAACUCAGAUCACGUGUACUUGAUCGCCGCAAACCAAAAGGUGGUGUACUCGCGCGACAGAGCGGAUAACUGGAAGUCGUUCAGGACUCCGUCGCUCCCUUCGCCUAACACGCAGCCGAUCCGAUUCCAUCCGCGCAGAGACAGUUGGUUGAUCUGGUUGGGCCAGGAGGGGUGCACUCACCCGGGCUCCCUCAGCUGUCGCACCGUGGCGUACGUCUCCAAGUCGUUUGGGAAGAGGUGGUUGGAAAUGCAGGAGAACGUCAACAUGUGUUCGUUUAUCGUGAAGUUGCACGAAAACACGUUCAAUCCGUUGGUGCUCUGCGACAGACCGGCCACCAAGUCUAACAACUUCCGGUCUGAGUUGAUGUACAGCGAGGAUUUCUUUAAGACGCGCGAGGUGGUGUUGACAAACGUAGUAGACUUUGAGACCAGCGGCGAGUACUUCUUCACCACCGUGGAGAAGGGUGACAGCGGGGUGGUGGAGGCGUACGUUUCCACCAACGGGAAGAACUGGCACAAGACCAGCUUGCCUGCGGGAUUGGAACUCAGCAAGCAUCAGGCGUACACGAUCAUAUCGGCGACGGAAUACUCCGUCUGGAUGCACAUCACAACGAAUGACCGCUCCAGCACCGAGUUUGGCAACAUUUUAAAGUCCAACUCCAACGGUACGUACUACAACCAGAUCGUCAGCAACGUCAACCGCGACCUCCGCGGGUACGUGGACUUUGAAAAGAUGGAGGGGAUUGAGGGCAUCAGCGUAAUCAACACUGUGUUGAACCCUAACGAGGCGCGUGCCGGCGCCCGCAAGAAGGUCAAGUCGCAGAUCACCCACAACGACGGGGGGAACUGGGAGUACAUCCACCCGCCUGCCAUUGACUCGAAUGGGGUCAAAACUCCGUGCUACGGCAAUCCGUUAGAAAAAUGUUCGUUGAACUUACACGGCUACACCGAGAGGGCCGACUACAGAGACACCUUUUCUUCCCAGGGUGCCUUGGGCAUGAUGGUGGCCACCGGCAACGUUGGCGAGACCUUACAGAGUUUGUAUGAUGGCAACACGUACCUCACAAGAGACGGCGGGAUCACCUGGAAGGAGGUCCGCAAGGGAGUUUAUAUGUGGGAAUACGGUGACCAGGGGUCCAUUAUCGUGCUUGUAAACUCUUUGGACCAAACGAACGAGAUCUUGUACUCCUUGAACGAGGGCGACACCUGGGAGACGUUCCGCUUUAGUGAGGAAAAGGUCUGGGUGGAGGAUAUCUCCACCGUCCCGUCCGACAACUCCAAGAAGUUCCUCUUGUUCACCAAGUUGGCCAUGCGCCACGGUGACAGAUCACGGGUCUUCCAGAUCGACUUCAGCACGUUGUACAAGCGGAAGUGUAACUUGGAUGUCCAGAACUUGGAAAGCACAACCGACGACUUUGAGAUCUGGAGCCCCCAGCACCCACUAUCCCCGGAUAACUGCUUGUUCGGGAGAGAAACCCGGUACUUGCGCAAGAUUCCGGGCCGUGACUGCUUCAUUGGCACCCAGGUUGUCCAGCCACAUCUGAUUGUGAAGGAUUGCGCGUGCACCAGACAGGACUUUGAAUGUGAUUUCAACUACAUCAGAGAUAAAGACGACACGUGCCGCUUGAUCGCCGGCUACAGCCCGCCAAACCACUUGCAAGACAUGUGCUUCGACAGAAAGGGAAACCGCAACAAGGACCAGGUGGAAUACUGGGUCUCGACGGGGUACCGCAAGAUUCCGCUUAGCACCUGCAAGGGUGGCUUUGAGAUGGACAAGAAGGAGGUCAAGGCAUGUCCUGGUAGCAAUGCGAGGUUCAAUGAGAUGUACGGGAUUACCAAGAUGGGUGUAUUCAAGGCUUUCGUAUCGAUGCUCGGGGUAGUGGGGAUUUCGCUUGUGGUUGGAAGGUAUGUUGUAAAGAACUACGGCGACAAGUUG